CGGAUGAUUCCAACAGGAGACUGGAAGAGAUUUUGAAAGGUCAUCUCGUCCUUCCCCCAGCCUCCAAGCGGACUGCCCCUCCCACCUUAAACCCGGACAUACCAGGGAAGGAGCUGGCUCUGCCGCUCUUUCUGCCCCAACAUGCACAGACUCGGGAAGUUCUUCCUGGGGUUUUAUCUCAAAGCCUCUCCCUUACAAUUUCUGUCUCUCUUUUGGGGGAGGAGGAGGGGCGAUUAUAGAGAUAGUUAAUGUCUGCCGUAUAAGAAACAUUAUUAAAGUUACUCUCCGGUCCUUUCUCUUCUUGAUAAACAAUUCCUGCUCCUUCCUCUCGAAUUCUAUUUUUCCAUUCCUUAAGUCACUUUAAUGGCUCUUCAAUACAACAAAUAUUUACUGAGUGUUUACUAAGUACCAGGCACCAAUGCUCAGCGCCGUGGGGGAUGAACACAUGAGGGAAAUGUAGUACCCUCUCUGGAGGAGAUUGUAAUCCAGACAGGGACUACAAAUUUGACAACUUUGUCUUCUGCUCUGAGCUACCAGGCCCUACCAGGAGCUCCAGGGCCAGCUGGGACCCAUCCCUUUGGAGCAGCUGCUUCAGACUAGGCUAGGAAGCACUGAGCUCUAGUGGUCAAGGGAGCCAUGGAGGAGAGAGCUGGUCAGCGAGAGCAAGACAGACCCAGCCUUCAAGACAGACCCAGCCUUCGUCUGGAAAAGCUACAGCACUGGGCCAGGCACAGGCAGAGUGGGCACCUCUUGGUGCUGGCGGUGAGCCAGCUAUGGCUGGCAGUGGCUGUGGUGCCCUUUGCUAUCUCAGUUGCCUGCCUGAACUCUGCUUGUCACAUGGCCACAGCACUGCCACUUGGGCCUGGCGUAAUGGGUCUCCUCACUGGGAUUGUAACCCUUGAGCUGCGCAGAGCACCCCGUCUCUGGAAGGUGCACGCCAUGAUGCUGUUCAACACCUUCAAUCUGAUCUUGGGCUUCAUCGUGUUGGUGGUCGAAGUGGCGAAGACAGCCUUGAUGUCUGCCCCAACUGUCCCCUCUCAGCUAGCUGGCUUGCUGGUGCUGGAGCUCAGUGCUGAGGCCUUCACCCUAGGCGGAGUGCUGGUCUCAGCAUACUCCCUGUUCCUGCUGAGCCAGAGGAAGCCAGGAUGCUGCUGGAGCCAGAAUCUGCACUACCAGGAGAUGCAGGAGGGUCUCUCAGAAUUAGAGGAAGUUCCUGAUUUGGAGACUGGUCCCACGGUGGCUAGCAGAGCAAACAGAACAAAUGAGUGAGCUGGCAAGAGGAAGCAGACAGGUGUUGCUUUCCUACCCGGCGGGAGCAUUCUCCAGACCCUCCUGCACCCCAUCCCACCGAACUCAAACUAGAUGGAGUCCCCUGAGACCUACUUGAAGUCUGGUGGAGUGCCUUCAAUCUUCACUCACACUAGGCCCCUUUCUUUUUCCUCCCCUGCUGCGGAAAGCAAUACCUAGACCGAGUUUUAAACCACCUCACCGCCCUGAAAAUCUGCCCGCCUGCAGGAUAUCCUUAAACCAACUUUCAGCUAGACCCAUUUUCUCCCUUCUAUCCUCACCCUCCUUCCCCACUGCCUCCCCAUCCUGCUUCACAUAUGCCUCAUCUCACUGUUUCCAAGAUUUCCACCUUUCACAAUCCCAUCCACUAAAAACCCGUACACGCCCACUCUCUGAAAUCAAUUCACAACGGGUGCUUUCGUUCUCUCGCUUCGAUCCGGUUCCUUUCUACUCUAGCAGAGACUACAAAUCCCAGGAUGCCCAGCUACCCUGUGGCCCGCUGGGAAAUAAAGAACCUUCCCUCC